AUGCGCACCUCCACUUUCCUUCGGACAGCCUUGGUGCUGGCAAGCAGCUACUCUGCCAAUGCCGACAUCACCACUACUAUCGACCCAAAAUCCAACUGGGGAACCUGGGAAGGAUGGGGAACGUCGCUAGCAUGGUGGGCGCAGCAGUUUGGAGACAGAGAUGAUUUGGCAGACGUAUUCUUCACGCUUGAUCAAGUCAAGUAUAACGGUCAGACACUUCCAGGGCUCGGCUUCAACAUCGUUCGGUACAAUGCUGGUGCAUGCAGCUGGAAUUCGGUCGAUGGCGAAAGCAUGGUUUCGUCCCCAAAUGUCAAGAGAUCGAGGCAGAUGGAGGGAUUCUGGAUAGACUGGAAAAGCAGUGAUCCAACCUCUGCUAGCUGGAACUGGACGGUCGAUGUCAAACAACGAACGGCAUUGCAGAAAGCCAUUGCUCGUGGAGCCACCAGGACCGAGCUUUUCUCGAAUUCACCCAUGUGGUGGAUGACGAAGAACCACAACCCCUCUGGUUCCGCAGACGGCAGUGAAAACAUCCAAUCUUGGAACUUGGAGAAACAUGCCGUCUAUAUGGCCACUGUCGCCAAAUAUUUCAAAGACAAGUGGAACAUCGCCUUUGAAACCGUAGAAGCCUUCAACGAGCCUAGUGCCAACUGGUGGAAAGCGGAUGGCACGCAGGAAGGUUGCCACAUCGACGUUGCUACACAGGCCAAGAUUAUCGGUUACCUGGAUGCUGAACUUACAAGCCGUGGAUUGGCCACAAUGAUAUCGGCAUCCGACGAGUCAUACUACGAUCAAGCAGUCACUGCCCUUAAGAACAUUGGAAGCAGCGCUCUGAGCAAGAUCGACCGCAUCCAAGUACAUGGCUACCAAUAUAACAGCGGGGACCGUGCAAGUGUCCACUCGCUAGCCACACAGGCUGGUAAGAAGGUUUGGAACAGCGAGUAUGGCGACGGUGUAGCAUCUGGCGCAGAUAUGGCAAAAUAUCUCUUUAAGGAUAUGCGAUACCUGAAGCCAACUGCAUGGGAAUACUGGCAAGUCCUUGAUCAAGGCGGCUGGGGUCUCAUAGACGCAGACAAUGACGCGAAGACUCUCGGUGGGCCCACGCAAAAGUACUUUGUCCUCGCACAGUUUGCUCGCCAUCUGCGAGUUGGAAUGCGCAUCCUUGACGGCGGUAGGGACAACGUCGUUGCUGCAUACGACGCCAGCAAGUCAAAGCUCGUAAUUGUUGCUGUCAACUUCGAUGCCGCGCAGUACAUCAACUUUGAUCUUUCGAGCUUUACGACGCGUCCGGCGACGGGAGCGUCUGUUACUAGGUGGAGCACUCAGAUUGGAACCGGGGAACAGUAUGGACAGCAUGUCGACACUAAGAUUGACGGGACAAAAUUCUGGUCUUACUUUGGACAGAAUGUUGUCCAGACCUUUGAGGUUACAGGUAUCAAAUUGUAG